AUGUUGAUUGACAAUGAGUCACCAUACUUGUACAAUCUCACUUUAAAGCCACCGUCAAAUUAUCCCCACUCGGUUAUAGGACAAUUCAUUCCCAAUUCAAAACAACAACAGCUAGCCCUCAUCUCAUCAUGCCAUCUAUCACUACUUACGGCAGACCCAGAGACGGGGAAGCUUAGUACUCGAGUAAGUCAAAAUUUAUUUGCAGUAGUCAAUGCUGUUGAUAAACUACGGUUCAACGAUUACGACGUCUUGGUCUUAACUAGUGAUUCAGGCAACUUAUCCAUCAUUCAGUAUGACUCUAAGCGGAAUGAGUUUGUAUCAACCUGUCAGAUGCCCAUGUGUAAAAACGGAUGGAAUCGAAGCUACCCGGGAGAAUUUCUUGCCGUGGAUUUACAAAGCAGGUGUAUACUAGUCGGAGCUGUCGAAAAGAGUAAACUCUUGUACAAAGUUGAAUCGAGUGCAGAUAAAUUGGAAUUGAGUUCACCCUUGGAAAGUGUUAGUGUUGUGACAAGGGGCAAGCAGCCACUAGUAUGCUUGGCAUUGAUUAGUUUGGAGACUGUUUUGGGCAACCCACUUUUUGCUGCAUUAGAAUUUGACAAUGAACAACAAGUGACAUUAUUAAAUUAUUACGAAUUCGACCAAGGGAUGAAUCAUGUGAUCAGGCGCAAGUCGAAAGUCAAUACUGUGCCUAAUGAUGCAAACUACUUGGUGCCAGUUCCAGGGACUAUAGGCGGGGUACUAGUCUGUGGUGAAAAUUGGAUCAUGUACGAUAUGUUGGGGUUGGAAAGCAUUGUAUUACCAUUACCACGACGCGAGAACCAAAAUUCUAUAGUUGCAAAUCACGUUACGCAUGUGUUGAAAAAAAAGAGCUAUGGGUUUUUCAUCUUGUUGCAGACUGAUUUAGGAGAUUUGUUUCGAUUAAUCAUUGACUACGAUUCUGAUCGUGAAUUAAUCAAGGAUAUUGAAAUAACUUAUUUUGAUACCAUACCAGUUUGCUAUAGCUUGAACAUAUUCAAAAAUGGCCUUUGCUUUGCCAAUUGCAUAAACAGAAACCAAUUGCUUUAUCAAUUUGAAAAAUUGGGAGAAGAGUUAGAUGAGGAUAUACGCAUAAACUGCACAAUACAACUGGAUGAUAUACCAUUAACGAAGGAAAAAGUUGUUGAGUUUAAAUUGAAAGGGUUGGAUAAUUUGGCAUUGAUUGAUGUUGUCGAAUCCCUAAGUCCUAUAACGGACUCCGCAUUGACCAAGAGUGGGUUGGUAACUCUAUCGACCAAAUCCAAGUUGAAAAAUAUUGUUCACGGAACUCCAACUACGACGCUUGUUGAAUCACCACUACCUAUUACUCCCACCAAAAUAUUUACUGCCAAAACAUCAGCAGAGGCUGUUGACGAUGAAUACUUGGUAAUCACGUCGACUCUUUCUUACAAGACGUUGGUUUUAUCUAUUGGUGAAGUGAUAGAAGAAGUGACAGACUCCAAAUUUGUACUAGAUCAGCCAACAGUUGCGGUUCAACAGGUGGGAAAAUCGUCAAUAGUACAAGUCUAUUCCAACGGUGUACGUCAUGUAAAUGGCAAGAAAAAGGUGACAAACUGGUACCCACCAGCCGGUAUAACAAUCACUCAUGCAACUACAAAUAACCAACAGAUUCUUAUAGGAAUGUCAAAUUUGGAAUUGGUAUAUUUUGCAACUGAUGCUGCCGAUGAUCAACUAAUUGAGUAUCAAGAUAGGUUGGAGGUUUCCUCGCCCAUUCGCAGUAUGUGUAUUCUGAAAGAGCAGAGUUCAUCAUUUGCCGUAGUUGGCUGCUCGGAUGAAACUAUUCAGGUGAUUUCAUUGCAACAGCAAAGUUGCUUAGAGGUAAAGUCAUUACAGGCAUUGUCGUCAAGUGCAAACUCAUUAGUCAUGUUGACCCAUAAUCCGUCUACUACAUUGAUUCAUAUUGGGAUGCACAACGGUGUGUAUGUGAGAACCAAGAUUGAUACAUUCAAUGGUAGAUUGUCUGACACCAGAAUCAAGUACCUUGGGCCAAAGUCAGUCACUUUGAGUGAGUUGAAGUUGUCGGAUGACAUUACUGGUGUUUUGGCGAUUUCAUCAAAGCCAUGGAUAGGGUACUAUCAUCAAGGAAAAUAUCGCUGUACUCCGUUGUUGGAUAUAGAUAUUAUUAAUGGUGCAUCGUUCAAAUCGGAGGAUAUUGGAGGCGGUGGCAUUGUGGGUAUACAUGGUGAUAAUUUGGUGAUCUUUUCUGUUGGAAAAGAGGACAGCGUAUUUGAUCCGACACAGGAGCUCACUGUGACCGAAGUGGAUUUGAGAUAUUUGCCGAGGAAGGUUAUAGGCGGUGAUAACGAUGAUGAAGGAAGAUUGUUUGUAAGUGAAGUUGAAAUGGGGAUCAAAACACCCUACACUCCUAAUUUGACCAAAGAGGUGAGAGACGUUGUCGAUAGAGAAUAUCACGAAGCUUUUGGAUAUGAAAGGGGUCCAGGGUGUGCCUCAUGUGUACAGCUCAUCCAAAAUGGACAAGUCAUUCAGUCGUUGGAAUUCUUGAAAAAUCAGAGAAUAGUUGACAUGACCAAAAUUCUGUUUAACAAGAAUUCAUAUUUGGUUGUUGGCGUGAUAACAGGCGAGGAGAACCUACUAUACACGUUCAAAAUUGACAAGAAAAAGAAUUUCCAAUACAUUCACAAGACCGAGUUGAAAUUUGUGCCUCAAGUAAUGGAAGUGUUUCAGGAUAGGUUAUUAGUCGCUUCUGGUAAUGCCAUUUCGCUAUAUGAUCUAGGUCAACGGCAAUUGUUACGGAAAUCACUAACGAGGAUUGAUUUCAUGCAGACGAUAGUUAAAGUGUCACCUCAACCAAAUCAACGUGUACUAUUGGCCGACCUGGCCAAGUCAAUUGUGUUGGCCAAGUUUGACAAUGAUGAGAACCAAUUUAUAGCAGUGGCUGAUGAUGUUGUGAAACGCAACAUUACUGCGUGGAAGCAAUUGGAUUACGAUACCGUGAUUGGUGGCGAUAAAUUUGGCAACAUAUUUGUGUCAAGAUUGGAUCGCGAGCAAUCAAGACAAGUUGACCAAGACUGGACGGUAUUGAAACAAACGGCGAGAGAUUCGCCCAAUUUGAAUUCGUGUGUGUUUAAAUUGCAAACUUUAUGCCAGUACUACAUUCCCGAUAUAAUCACCUCGUUCCUGUUGGGUUCCUUCAACUUGGGUGGAGAAGAGUGCAUUAUAUACACCGGUAUUACUGGAACUAUUGGCGUGCUAAUACCGUUGAUAUCCAAGACUGAGGUUGAGUUGAUGCAUAAUUUAAAGUUGGCAAUAAGUGCAUACAACGAUCAGGUGAAUGUUGCUGGUAAAAACCAUGCUAAGUUGAGAAGUUAUUACAAUCCAGUAAAGAAUGUAUUUGAUGGUGAUUUUAUGGAAUUGUAUUUGAAUUUACCGCUUGAUGUUAAAUUGACCAUUGCCAAGCGAUUAAACAAAUCGGUGGGUGAGGUUGAAAAGAAAUUGAAUGAUGUUCGAAAUCGUUCAUCUUUUUAA